AUGCAGAACCGGAAGGAGCAGGUCAACGAGCUGGGCGAGGUGCUCGACGCCUUCAAGCACAAGUUGUCCUGGGCCGAGGAGAAGGCGCUGAUGGCCGCCAACAACAUAAUCAAUUUGAAAAUUGUCCCAUUCCAAGCCACGCUGACCUCGGAUUUUGCUGAAGAUGCCGCGCCUACCUAUAUAAAGAUCAAACUCAUCAAGCAUAAGAGAUGCGAGAACUACUGGCUAGUCAAGUCUUGGGGCCGCGUGAGCUCGCCGUGGGUGCAAGAGGGCGAAAAUUGCAGGAACUUUGGCUCUUUGGAUGAUGCGACGGCCGGAUUCAGAACCUUUUUCUACGAGAAGACCGGCAACAAGUGGGCCAACCGCGUCAUCUUCGACAAGAAGCGCGACAAGAUGAGCUACAUGCCGGAGGAGACAGGCACGGAUAAUUCGCUGGCCCGCUGCAAGUUGCGCGCGCCGGUGGCCGACCUGAUACGGAAGGUGUUCAGCGAGGACUUUUUGAAGGAGCGCAUGGUGGAAUUCAAGAUGUCGGCCAACUUGAUGAUGAUGGACGGAAAUACGAAGCACCGUAUCUUGCUCGCCUACGAGACGCUGGACCGACUGCGCGAGGCGGUUGAGCGCGAACAAACCAAUGAGCGCAAAGCCCGCAUCGAAAAAGACACGGCCGUCUUCUACGACCUGAUCGCUCACAUCGACCGACCGCCGCUGAAUACCCCGGAGCUUAUCCAGAAGAAGACUGACCAGCUCGCUGAACUCAUUGAGCUUGCCGAGCUGCACGACAUGAUGACGCUGCACGGGGAUUCGGGCCCCCGUCAUAUACUCGAUCAGCUUUACGACCGGAUGGGCGUCGAGAUUAUUCCGCUGGAACGCGAGAGCGCCGAGUUCAACACCGUGCAGCUGUACAUGCAAGCCGGCCACUUCCAUAAUUCUUGCCAAAUCUUGGAGGUGUUCUCGAUUCGUCGCCCCACGGAGGAGCGCUUCUUCCGGCACGAAAUUGGCAACCGGAAGCUGCUGUGGCACGGCUCGCAGCUCGUCAACUACUGCGGCAUCUUCACCCAGGGCCUACGCGUCGCCCCCAAGGAGGCAAAGCAUACCGGCCACUCGUUUGGGAUGGCCAUCUACUUCUCGGAUUCGUUCGACAAGUCGGUGCACUAUUGCCGCGCUGGCCCCGGCGAGGAGGCGCUGAUUCUGCUGUGCGAGGUGGCGCUCGGAAAGAUCCAAUCGCACGGCGUCAGGGACUACUUAUACGGUUCGGCCGGCGAAUUCGACUCUUUUUUUGUUGCCGGCACGGCAACGCCUGACCCGGCUUGCGACGUGCUCCACAACGAUGGCUACAUCAUCCCGGUCGGCCCGCUGAAGUCCGCGGUGCCCCUUGUGGGGUCUCUUUACAACGAGUACCUGGUCACCCAAACGGACCAGGUCCGCCUGCGCUACAUCAUGCGACUGAGGUCCCAAGACUACCACCUCCACGCCCUGCACGUCGCCAUCCGGACCAAGCUGCAGCAGCCGCAAAUCCUCAACCUGUGCCACUGGAACAACGCCGACCUCGGCGUCACCGAGAAGGAGAUUGAGAAAUCGUGUAUGGGCCGGCGGUACUACAUGACGGAUGAGUUCAUGGACGCGCAACGCCUUGAGCAGGGCUCCCUGUGGACAAUUGACGAGAUUGAUGAUGCGGGCAUCCAACGGGUCGGGCCGAGCUGGGAGCAAGAGUUCUACUUUCUCUACCAGACGGACAUGAUGGCCGAUAGCGAAGGCGAUUUCUACAUCGCUCCACUUUUCAAACUUACCUCCAAGGACAAAGAGCACAGCGCCGAGUUCAUCUGCAUAGAGCUGCGCCGACAUUAUCGAGAACAGAGAUGGUUCUUCAUCAAAACCUGGGGCCACUACCAGGCGCAGAAGGAGCGCGAGUGCGUCUACGAGUUCGAGACACCGCAGGCGGCCAUUGAGCAUUUUCAUAGUAGUUUCCUACGACAAACCGGGAAUCAUUGGAGGGACCGGAAGAGUUUCGAGAAGAAAGAGGACAAGCUCGAAUAUGCGCCGCCGGAACAGGCCGUCGACGAGAACGACGAGGACUCGCACACCGAACUGAUCGAAGCUGACCAGCGCCUCUUCUACGGGAUUCUGCCCUACGUCAACAGGUUGAAUCUGUUCGACGAGGAGAGCCUGGACACGAUGAUUGAGCGGAUGCGGCCACUGCGCGAGCUCGGCAUUAUGAACAAAAUAAUGAUGAGCUGCCGGUACGACUAUGGGGUCAAUCCGCUGGACGCGUUGAGGAUGAAGGCCGGUCCGGAUAUCAAGCUACGGAUACUCGACCGCGCAAAAGACGAAUAUCGCCAGGUGAAGGCGUUCAUCGAGAAGAGCAUGCCGGAAGACAAAGCGAGGGUUAUGGAUGUGAUCGGCUUCGAAAAACGGGCCGAGACGGACCCCUACCAACGGCACGUAGCUAACAGGACAGUCUUGAUGCACGCCACCAGCUUCUCCCAUUUCGGCACCGUCCUGCUGUCCGGGCUGCGGUUUCCACAAUGGGGAAUUCGCGAUCCAGUGUACGGCCCAGGCCUCUACUUUUCCGACGCGUUUCCGGUGGCCUUCCUCAACGAGGACCACGAACGAUUUGCACUGUUGAUGAUUUGCGAAGUGGCGUUGGGAACGCAACUCGUCAUCGAGGAUCGGCGCGAGGAGAAUUGGUUCGAGAUGAUGUUGGCGGUCAGGGCACAAUCAGUCUGUGUACUCUCCGAGCAGCAGCGCCCACUCGCCGAAAAAGACCCGCUCGGCUACACGGUGAACGCGAACCGGGUGAUGAGCGCCUUCUACAAGGACUACCAGCCCACGUACAACGAAUACGUCGUCUACGACCCGACGCAGGUCAAGCUGAAGUACAUCGUGAAGCUGGACACGGACUGGGAGGAGGACGAGGACCGGGCGGCCGCCGGGCUUCCCCCUUACCUCCAAGUCGAAAAUCAAGUGCCCGACCGGGCGGAGGCGUUCGAGACCGACGAAGAGUCAACGUCUGAAGAAGAUGAGGAUGACGACGAGGAGGAUGAGGAUGAGGACGAGGAUGAGGAGCAGACCGACGAAGACGAAGAGGAGUCAGAAGAAGAUGCCGGCGCCGCAGUCCCCGACCCGAGCCCGAAACGA